AAAAAGAAAUGUCUCCACACCAUUCCAUUGAUUUGUUAAUGUCAUUCAACAACUGUCACAAUUUUCCAUUAUAUUUGAGUCUUGUGUAUCGGAUGGACAGCUGUAUUUUCAUCUAACAAUUACCGAAACAAUUUAGUGAAGAAUUGAAUGCGAUAGGAUGGCCACUCCACCAGUUCAAGAUCUACCUCCACCGGGUGGCUAUAACCCAAUCAAUUUCAAGCGUGUUCAAUUGAAGCCAAUUCUCAGUGCAAAAUUGAUGUUUGCUGGCUAUGCCGCACUUACGGCCGGUGCAUACUACAUGUACUAUUUGACGGAUCAGAAAAUUACGCGUGAAGAGAUCGAAAUGCGCUCCUGCCGAAAUGUUAUGUUACCAAUUGUGUUUGCUGAACGUGAUCGCGAAUACUUGAAGCAAAUUCGACGUAAUCGAGAUGAAGAAGCUCGGCUCAUGGCCAAUGUUGAAGGAUGGAAGGUGGGCACCUGGUUCGGUGAACCAGUUUACAAAACAGUUAAAAGCGAUGAUUGGAUCGAUCCAAGUAUCCAAGAAUUCUAUUGCCAUACAGCCCACAAACACUUCUUGGAUCUUGCAUUGUUUAAACACUACACGUAAAACAGCGACGACUGAGUCGCCCGAUUUUCCAUUCAUGCAAAUUAUCUAGAGUCUGUAAUCAGAAGAUAGUUUUUAAAUAAAUCCAUAUAAAACAUUGAAAA